CAUUUUGUUUUUAUUGUAUACAGUCCUUUCAGGGUAUAUGCAUUGAGCCGCCAGCACGUCCUGCAAAACCAAUUUCAAGUCCGCGUCACAGGUGUCGCUGUUGACCACGUCUGCCUCCGCAGAGCGAGCGCGUCCAGCCAGAGGAGGCUGCGUCUCAAGGCCAUUUUCAAAUCUCAUUGGUGGGUUUGUCAUGUGGUCCGCAGGCAUCCUGACUUACAGAUUGUUUUUCCUAGACAUGUCAGCUUACAAAAAGACAUCUCUCUCCUCUUAAGAACUUAAACCCUCAAAAAAAAUAUAUAGACAUGUCUUUCUCCAGCAGCUCACCUGCGGCCAACCCGUUCUUAGUGGACUCUUUGAUCGGAGCCUGCAGGACGGACAGCUUCUACUCCAACAGCAGCAUGUACAUGCCGUCCGGCUCGGACAUGCACGGCACCUACGGAAUGCAAACCUGUGGACUCCUGCCGUCUUUCGGCAAAAGGGGAGACGUCGUCCCCCAAAACACGACCAUGAGCGUCCACUCGUACAUACCUCAGAUAGACACCUGGACUGAUCCGAGCAGAGGCUGCAGAACAGAGCAGAUGUCAAGCUGCACGUUUCCACAGAGCAUCAAGGAGGAGAGCAACUGCUGCAUGUACUCAGACAAGCGCGUCCAAAAAGAGGGAUAUUCGAACGUCGUUGCCGAACCCUGCGCCGUGGACGGCCCGGAGAUCCCGGUUCCGGGCUACUUCAGACUGAGCCAAACUUACGCCAACGGGAAGCACCCGGACAACUACUGCCAAGGGCCGCCGAGCCCGAACCCGACACUCGCGCCGCUCAGCCGGGUCACGCCGAAACCGCAGCACGCCCCUUCCUCCGCGUCCUCUGGCUUCGCAGAGGCGGAAAAGGGCGCCCGGGACGCAGAGCCCAUCACCAGCACGCCGAUCCGCGGAGAAAGCCCGAACCCAACAAAGUCCGGCUCGGAGGAGAAAACCGACGCGUCCAGUCCCGAGCUGCAGCAGCAGAAAGAAGGGAAAGACUGCAAGAGUGACGCGCUGACAAACAACUGGCUCACGGCGAAGAGCGGCAGGAAGAAGAGGUGCCCCUACACCAAGCACCAGACCUUGGAGUUGGAGAAGGAGUUCCUGUUCAACAUGUACCUGACCCGGGAGCGCCGCCUAGAGAUCAGCAGGAGCGUCAACCUGACCGACAGGCAGGUCAAGAUCUGGUUCCAGAACCGCAGGAUGAAACUGAAGAAAAUGAACCGGGAAAACCGCAUCCGGGAACUGACCUCGAAUCUCACAUUUUCCUGAGCCUCCACGCGCCCCCGGUUAUAGCUUACUUUUAUUUUUAUUUUUUUGAAUCUUAUUUUUUUUUUUUCAUGCUUUUCGUGGCAUUGGACGUUUAUCUUAACUUUCAACAAAGCUGUGACUGUCUCCUGUGUUGAGUGGCGUUGUGUAUUUGUGUUAUUUCAUCACAGGGUAGAGCACUUUUUGGUCUUAAAGGUUCACGACGUGGCGAACAAGCACUCCUUCCUUUUUACCAGAAGACUUCCUAAAAUAAAAUGGGAAUGACGAAACUGUGGAGUCACGGGAGCACAUUUUCUCGUGUUUUUUUUUUUUUUUUUUUUUUUUUUUUUUUUGGUGAAACAUUUGUGUUGCUUUUUUUGUGCGUGCAUUUUUUUGCUCGGUGCCAACACGUUUCCUUGAUGGAAAACAAUGAUAAACUGUGGAUUUAUUGCAUGUUUUGAUGCAUGUGUAUCUUGGAAUAAAUAUGUGUUCAAAGAAGCUGA